AAUUGUUACAAGAAUGCAUAUUUAGCGAUUGAAUAUGUUGUUUUAUUAAUUAAUUUGAUUCGAAUCUAUUUGUUUUGUUUUGUUUUGUUAUAUUUUUGGAUGGCUCAAAUUAUUAUGAAAAGAAAUUCAAUGAAUUCAAGUGCCUGUACAUUGGAUGAUGUUGUUGAUGUUGAUGUUGGCUCGAAUCAUUCAUAUGAUCUUUCCAAUGAAGAUGAUGAUGAUGACGACGACGACGAUGAUGAUGAUGAUGAGAAUAAUGAAGAUAAACAAAAUGAAAAAUAUUUGGAAAAAUUAUUGGAUAAAAUUGAUAAAAUUGUAUUCGAUCAAGAAGAAUGUCAAGAUUUUACUGAUAUACCUGUAAAUCUAUUAUCCGAAAUACAAUUAUGGCAAUGGAAAUUUCGUACAAAACGUGAUGCCAAUUUAAAUCGUGUUAGUCGAACAUAUGAAAAAUCACCAUCAACAUCACAACGAUCCACACAAAAUACUGCUGCUGCUAUCCGUUCAUCAGAUAAUAAUAAUGGUAAUGGUAAUCGUGAAAUGAAAGAAAAAACUUUGCCAAAAUUAUCGAUCAAAAACAAUACAAAACGUAUUGAAAGAAUAUCAUUUCUGAAUAAUGAAACACAACGUCGUGAUAUUGGUUCACCGGGUAAACAGAUUACAUUACCACCAUUAAGUAUAUCGAAACAUACAAGAUGUCCAACCGGAUAUGUUAUAAUGAAUGAAAAUCCAGAUUAUAUUCGACCUGAAUUUGGUCGUAAAGCAAGUUUGGCUACAAAUGGUUUUGAUGGUUUGACAACAUCGAACAUAACAAAAACAACAUCCUUAUAUUUUGAUUCUCCUGUUUCAUCAUCAUCAUCAUCAACAUCAUCAUCGAUUCAAAAACAUUCACCAAUGAUAUCACCAUUAUUUCAUCAUCGUAGAAAUUCUUCAUUACGACAAUCAAGAAUUGAUUUAUUAAAUCAAAAUAAUAAUAAUAAUAAUGAUCAUUUACGAUUACGAUUACCAUUAUUGAAUAAUAAUCUUGUUUCACCAUUCUAUAACAACGGAUAACUGAAAGAGCCCAAAAAUUAUUCCAGUUUUUCAGUUAAAGAGUUAAAUAAUGAACAAAAACAGCAAUGGAAAAAACAUUAAUAUUUUUUUCAU